AUGCCGGCGGGCAGCGGAGCGGAGCCGAUCGGAGGCAAUGGUGGCAGCGGCGCGGUGGUGGUCAAGCGCACGGCGAAGGCGGUGGAGGACAUCUCGGACCUGCCGGAGUUCCGGGGCCCGUUGAGGCUGCCCUGCGGCAACCUUGUGAGGAGGUUGAAGCUCCUGGGCCCCCUCUUCGACGAGCUUAUGGACGGCGGCCCCCCCUGCUCCGCCGGCGCGCUGGAGCCGCUGGCCACGGCGGUGGAGUCGACCAGGGAACUUCUCCGCUCCAUCAAUAAGGGGAGCAAGCUCCACCAGGUAAACACGGCGCUCCCCCCCCCUUCCGACGCCGCCUCUCUCUUCCGGCAAAAUCUCCUCAACUGCGGCUCACCUUCUUCCAGGCCCUAAAGAGGGAGGAAUUUUCCAAGAAAAUUCUCGACGUGACGGAGCGACUCGAGGAAUCGUUCGGCGAAAUCUCCUUCUGCGACGGGCUCGACAUCUCCGAGGAAGUCCAGGAACAGGUAAUGGCGGAGAAUCUCGUUCUCAAUGAAUAUACCUGUAAUUUCAUCUCACCGUGUCUCAUGAAUGUUCUUGUUGCCGAUGGAUUUUCUCAGCUGGAACUCGUUCGCGCGCAACUGCGGAGAGCGAAAGGGAGGCCCAAUUCUCCCGAUGAGCAGCUGUCCAUGGAUCUCUCGUGGGCUCUGGCCGAGAAGAGCCGCGACCCGAGCAUCCUCAAGAGGAUAUCGGAGAAGCUGCAACUCACCACCAUGACUGACCUGAAGAAGGAGAACAUUGCCCUGCACGAGAUGGUGAUAGAAAGCGCCGGCGAACCCGUCGACUGCCUCGAGGAGAUGUCCGCCCUCCUGAAGCAGCUGAACGACUGGAUUUCUUCAAGCUCCCUCGGUGGCAGUGCCGCACCGGAGGGCCGAGGGCAUCCUUCUGGGCACAGAUUCCCCGUCGUCCCAGAUGAUUUCUGGUGCCCGAUUUCCCGGGAGAUCAUGAGAGAACCCGUCACCGUCUCCACCGGCCAGGUUCGGCUCUCCUUCCGUCUUCUUCUUCUUCCUCCUCAUCCUCAUUUCUAUGUGAUCUGGGUCUCUACCAGGUUUGACGGACCCUCCCUGGACCUCCACCUCACCUCCAAUCUUAUUGCAGACGUACGAGAGAUCCAACAUCCAGAAAUGGCUGGACGCGGGCCACAAGACCUGCCCCAGAACGCAGCAGCAUCUCUCCCACACAUCGCUCACCCCAAACUACCUCCUGAAGAGCCUCAUCUCUCAGUGGUGCCUGAGCAACGACCUUCCAUCCCCCAGGAACCAGGGCGGCGCCCGCAGCGACCCGGCGGGCGUCGCCGCGCUCGUGGAGAAGAUACGCGACGGGAACCAGGCGGAGCAGCAGCGGGCGGCCGCCGGUGAGAUCCGCCUGCUCGCGAAGAGGAACGCCGGCGACAGGUCGCGCAUCGCCGCCGAGCACGGCGCCAUCCCCUCCCUGGUGGAUCUGCUCCAGUCGCCGGACCCGAGGACGCAGGAGCACGCCGUCACCGCCCUCCUGAACCUCUCCAUCGACGAGAGGAACAAGCCCGCCAUCGUCGCCGCCGGCGCCAUCCCGGAGAUCGCGGCGGUGCUGAAGCAGGGGAGGAGCGCGGAGGCGAAGGAGAACGCCGCCGCCGCGCUGUUCAGCCUCUCCGGCCUGGACGGAACCAAGGCGCAGAUCGGGGCCGCCGGCGCCAUGCCCGCCCUGGUCGAGCUGGUCCGCCGUGGGACGCCGCGGGGGAGGAGGGACGCCGCCGCCGCCGUCUUCAACCUCUCGCUGUACCAGCCCAACAAGGUGAGGGCCGUGAGGGCCGGCAUCGUGCCCGUCUUGAGGAACCUCCUCGAGGAUCCAAGGGAGGAGAUGGUGGACGAGGCCCUCGCCAUUCUGGCCGUCCUCGCGGGCCACCAGGAAGGGAGGAUGGAGAUCGAGAAGUCAAACCCCGUUCCCAUCCUGCUGGAGCUCGCGAGGACCAGCUCCAACCGGAACAAGGAGCACGCGGCGGCGGUCCUGUUGGCCCUCUGCUCCGGCAGCGCCCUGCAGCUGAAGGCGGCGGCGGAGUCGGGGGCGGAGGAGUCACUGAAGGGCCUGUGCGAGAGUGGAACCAGCAGGGCCAAGAGGAAGGCCAAGGGCCUCCUGGAGCUCCUGAAACGCAGUUGA